AUGACCGUCGAGCCGCUACGCGGCUCAUGCUCUUGUGGCCGUAAUGAAUAUCAGAUCAACAUUCCGGAGGAUGUGACGGACCACGCGGAGGUUUACUUUGACAGCAGCCGAGACAACCGUCGAUUCCACGGCACACCUCUUUCAGCGUGGCUACGUGUACCUCUUGACUGGUACCAAUCCACCACUCGCUCAUUCUACGAGGACGAAACACACUCCUCUAUUCGUCGUAGUUUCUCGCCCCGCCAUGCACCCAACACCAAGCGCGUGUUCUGUGGUUUCUGCGGUACACCUCUGACGUUCUGGACCGAGGACCCGCAUGAUGAAUCCGACUUUAUGUCCGUCGCAAUCGGCAGUCUUCUUGUUGAGGAUCAGCGGGUACUCGAUGAUCUCGGUCUGCUUCCUGAAGACUUCGACGAAGAUGCUCCCCACGCCGGUGUUUCAACCUCGUCAGAUCUGGCACCCGCUCAAACCGAUUCUUCGGUGAUCGUUCCAUCGUUUGAAACCUCAUCGGAAUUCCCGGAUAUCUCGAGGAGCUUACAGCGAGGUCGAACUGGCGGGAUUCCCUGGUUCGAAGAAAUGAUGGAGGGAAGCCGCUUGGGUCGCUUGAUGCGCUCGCGACGCGGGAUGGGAAUCAGUGACGAUCAAUCGACCUCAAUACAGUGGGAAUUCAGUGAAUGGCAUGAUGACGGAACAGGCGGGGUGGUGCAACAAGAUUCGGACUCGGGUGGACGGCCGAGGGGAAAGAGAAAGCGUGUGGCGCAAGCCGAUACUGAGAACAAGUCGCCUUCGAAACGAGCUGAGUAG